AUGAAAAAAAUACCAAAUAAAAUAAUCAUUGUUGUAACUAAAAAAGCUGAAGCUAUUUAGGUUAAAGCAACCAUAUUAGAAUUUAAUUAUAUAAAUAGCGAUAACCAAAAGAUAAGAGAAAAGUAAGUCAAUAAUGCACACUCCCACCACCACCUAUUUUUCUUAUAUCCUUAGAAGAAAUAACCAUAUCUCCUUAUAACAUUUGUAGAGGUGUUAUCAAAGAGUUUAGAGCUGUUUUUACAUAAAAUGUAUAACAUGACCAAAGGAUAUAUCACAGUCACUAGUAUCAAAAUAGGUAAAACUAAAAAGAUUAUGUAGUAAAUAUGCUCUUAAGUGUAGCACUAUUAAUCCAUUUAGCUUUUCAUAUAAGAAUCAAAAAUAUUAGAGGGAGAACAAUUGAAACAUAAAUAAACCUCAAAUAUUAAAUCGGAAUUUAAGUAUGCAUUGAGCUUAGACUACAAUCUAGUGAAUAUAAAAAGACAAGUACAGGUUAUGAAGCUACUUCUGGGAAAGUGA